AUGAUGAGAGAUGAUGGGUGGAAAGCUCUUUUACAAGAAGUUUCACUGUUUUGUAACAAGCAUUCAAUUCCCAUACUUACUUUGGAUGAAGUUUAUGUAGUUCCAGGAAGACCUCGCCGUAAUGUUGAAGAAAGAACUCAUUUUCAUAAGUACCGUGUUGAAAGGUUUUAUGCGGUCUUAGAUCUACAACUUCAAGAGCUAAACAACCGUUUCAAUGAGAAGACUACAGAGUUGCUCUUAUGCGUGGCCUGUUUUGAUCCCAGGGAUUCAUUUGCUAGGUUUGAUAAGAAAAAAUUAGUUCGAUUGGCACAGUUCUAUCCAAAUGAUUUUUCUAUUAUUGAACUUGAAUUACUAGAUAACCAACUACAGACUUAUUUUGUUGAUGUAACUUCUGAUCAUGUUUUCUCUAAAUUGGAUGGUAUUAAUGAAUUAGCUCAAAAAAUGGUGGAAACGGAAAGACAUUUGGACUAUACGUUAGUGUAUUUACUUCUAAAGUUGUUUUUUAUUCUACCGGUUGCAACUGCUAGUGUGGAAAGAGCAUUUUCUGCUAUGAAGUUAAUCAAGACAUCUUUAUGCAACCGGAUGGGUGAUGAUUUAUUAAAUGAUUGCUUAUUGCCGUAUGUUGAAAAAGAAGUUUUUGAUCAAGUUUCAAAUAGAGCAAUUCUACACCGAUUUCAAAAUAUGAGAGAGCGUAGAGGAGUAUUAUCUCGUAAUUUAUCAUAA